GGGGGAGGGGGUGGCCUGGCAGCUGCACCUUAUGCCCAGAAGCACCCCGGCCCGUCCGCGGUAGCUGCUUCUGGGAGGGGUGUCUGCCUCUGCGAGGGACUCCUCAGCGCUUAUUUAGGUGUGGGGAGAGGAGUGGAAUGAUGUUUUCUAGAUAGACUGCCCAGUCUCACCCGGUAUCCCAACGAGGGGUGGCGGGGUGGGGCGCUCCUUGGGGUCUGGCUUAAAAACCUCCCUGCCCACCCAUCCGUGCAACCCACUUCCAGGUCUGAGUGACUCCCAGAGAUGGGGGAGCAGGCGGCAGGACUCUGGGACCAAUGAGAUAUUAUUAGUACCCCUUUCCGCCCUGCCUCACACCCAGCCUCUUUAAACAUUUUCCUCCCUGCCCCCCAGUGGAGGUUGUGUGUGAUCAGGUGUUUUUGUGACACCCCACUUCAUAGUGUGGCACUGACUAAAAACGUCACCUUGGUGCUGCCAGUAGUCAACUGUCACUUUGUAGUCACAGGGUUGUGUGACCCGUCCUUCACUGACUCUUUUUGUUUCAUCUUCAUUUCCCUUAGGAGGGUUCAGUCUCUUUCUAGAGCAGAAUGGAGUCAGGACCAGGGGUCCUGCAGGUUAGGGACUCCGCUAUGUCUUUAGGGUUGGGAUAGACCCCCUCAGUCCUUAACAGCAUCUCAGAGGGGUUUCCAGCAUAAGAAGUUUUAAAUUUGUUUUGUCCAUGUUGUCAGGGAAUCAUUUGGGGAGAAGCAUCUCUUUUUUGGUGACGCCUUUUCUAGGCUGAUCUGGUCAUUCUUUUCCCACCUCCUGGCUCAGGGUUUCAAGUUCUGGGAUUCAUCAGAUCAUGCACCUGCUGUUGCUCAAUCAAGGGGAGGGCCUCAGCCUGACCUGCUUUCCCCAGAUCUGAUCCCCCCUUCCCCCCCACCCGCGGGAUCCUCAGAUAAGCAGAUCCCAUUUCUGGGAGGUGGAGAAGUUUGUCAGUAUCCUUGAACUCUGAACUUUGUGGAGGGAAAAAUUGGAAAGCAAAGAUGAGAGAUCUUUAAAGAAUUCAGGAAAAGAGAAGUUUCUUCUCCCCCUUGCCCCUCAUUUACUUUGUACCUUUCAUCCUGUGCUAAGUGGCUUCAUUCGUGCUCUCUUUCAGUCCUCACAAUAAACCAUGUGAAGUGAGUAGAGUUUGUAUUUUCAGGUGAGGGUGCUCAUGGAAGUUAACUUCCCUGGAGUCCCUGAGCUGUAAAGUAAGGGAACCGGAGCUCAAACUCUAGCACUUGUGCUCCUGCUUCUUUUCUGUGGGGAGAGUAGAAGAGAGGCUGCUCUUACCCUUACCUUUACACCAUGAGGGCAGGUAGCGUUAGCAGGUAAGAAGGUGGACUCAGAAUGCCUCGGUUUGAAUCCCAGCCCUACCACUUAUUAGGUGUGUGAACUUGAGCAGGUCUUCUCAGUGCCUCAGUGUUCUUCUCUGUAAAAUGGGAAUAACAGUGUCUACAAAACCUGGCACAUGUACGUGCCGUGCACGUGGAUUGCACAUGUUUGUUGUAAUUAUGCUUGCCGCCAUUGCCACAUUCUGUGUCCCCUAAGUCCCCUCCCACCUGGACACUCAGGAUAGUCAUUCUGUCAACUAUCUGAUCACAGACCUCCCACCCUGGACGUUCCCCACCAGGGUUAUCCUCAGAUAGGUUGCUCCUUGGGUGCUGGGUGCUCCCCUGCCUUUCUUGGUACAGUGCUUAGCCGGUGCUCUGCAGGCGGUAGAGUUAGCAGGUAUUUUUUGGCUGUUUGAAACAGGUCUGGUGAGGGUGCACGUGACAGAGCACUGGACAGGGAGCCCCAAGCUUUCAUGCUCGCUUUGCCCCCAGUUUGACCUGGCUCCUGGGCCUGUCUCUUCCCCUCUCUUCCUGUCUUUAAAACCAGUGGGAUGGACUAGCCCAUCUGUACGCAGUGGGGGAGGGCACAGAAUGUCCUUAGGAAAAUCUCAGAGGUAUGUUCAACCAAUCCACCGAGCUUGCCAGUUGGCAGGAGCAGGGGUGGGGGCAUCUGGAAGCCCUGUCCUCCCUUCCCCCAUACCCUACGCGGGGCCCUGAGGUCUGGUUUGAGAUGGCAAGUGCUUGGAGAGACAGGGAAAUCCCCUGGCUGUUGUCUGUGUGUCGGGGUGUAGGUGUGGGAGAGUUGUGCAGUGAGGGGAGGGAGCUGGCUGCGAGGACAGUGGAUAGGGGCAUUGGGCUUGGUCCCGGGGCAGAUCGAGGAGCUUCUGCAGGUGGAAAGGGGAGGCGGGUUGGGGAGACAGCUCCCUCCAGCCUGUUUGGGGCAGCAAGACAGAGGGCUUCCCCCAGUUGCAAGCACUACGCCCUUCUUUCUCCCUCUCAGGCUCCGUGCAGGCUUUGUUGGGACGACAAGGGGCUGGCCUCAGGCCCUGGGCCUGCUUCCUUGGGGCAGGGGCAGGGGAAAGGAAGACUGCCAGGCAAAGGCACCCAGCUGUUCAGGGGGCUGGAGAGAACACAACGUGGGAGAGGGCUGUGCAGGAAGGGACUGGUACAUGAGGAGGGCCGGGGCGGGGCAGUCACACGUGGAAGGAAAGGAGACCUUUCAGGGGGCUGCCUGGACUUCCAACCUGCCCAGCUUUGUUUCAAUGAAGUGUGACUUAUCCUUGCUGGGAGCCACAGGUGUGAAGACCUCACACUUAGGGUGGGGCUGGAGGGGGAGCGGAGGUCAAAGCCUGGGGCUGGGCACUUUGCCAGGUCCCCUCAUUCAAUAGAGAUUAAUUUUGAGCCACGCUGGGUAUACAUCCUCCCAAGGAGCAGGUAAAUCAGGGCCAGUGAUACUUGGGUUUGGCCUGUGCUCUUUUUCUCCUGCUCUUCUAGUGUCUACUCUCCAGAGCUGUUUGGGGGUCGGCCUUUAUCAUUCAGAUCAAAGGCCCAAGGUUAGUGAAUAUUAGAGGAGGCACUUUGAGGGCAGGGUCCCUCCCUUAACUAACUCCUUCCUACCACUCUUCCCCACCACUUCAUCCCAGUUUGCACUGGGUUGGUAGACAAGAUAUAACCAGUAGCGUGUGGUAGGCUGCCUAGUUCCUGGUUGUGGCACUAGUAUCUGUGGUUCUCGGGAAGCUCAGACCCCACGUGUCCUGCUCUGAGUGGUGUGACAGCAGGUCUGAAACCCCAGCCUUGGGCCCUCUGCCAUUAAGUAGGGCUUUGCAAGACGAGAGAAGCUGACAAGAGUGGGAAAACUAGUCACAGCACACACACACACAGUGCCCCUCCAUGGACACAUGAUGAACGGUUAUUUGUAAGUAGGAGUUAGAUUAAGAGAAUGGGAGCAGCCACUUCCUGAAUACCUACCGUGUGACAGGAACUCCUCCGGUUGAGGUAGGUAGGAUCAUUUUCCACAGUUUAUGGACGAGGAAGCUAAGGCUUAGAGAAUGGUAAGCAACUAGCUCUACAGCUAGUUGGUAACAGAGCCAGGCUUCUAAUUCAAGUUUACCUGCUCCCAAAGCCUAUGCUCAGAACCGCAAUCACCCUGGAUUAAAAUGGCACUGGGUCCUGGUGUAGCAGGGCCAGUGGUUCUCAGCCUGGGCUACAGAGCUGAACAGGGACGUUUCAGAUAAACCACUAGGGCCCCAUCCCAGAGAGCAGCUGAGUCCGAAUCUUUGGGCUGGGGCUCUGGCAUCAGCACGUCUUAGAAGGUCUUCAGGUGAUUUUAAUGUGUAACAAAAGCUGAGAACCACUGUAGGAGGCUAAACCAUUUUGACAGUAGAGACCAGCCUAGAAAUGCAUGGCAACCCCAUUGCAACUGGGUUUUCCACGCACCACCUUUCCCUCUGGGUUAGGGACCUGCCUGUCUGUUCAUUGACACAGCGGUUCGACACCUGCUAUGACACCGGGAAACAGAGUCAGGCAGGAAGGCUUCCCACCCAGGGGAAACAGCCUGGUCCAGGCCGGGGCCGGAGAAUACGAGCACCUAAGGGUGUUCUACUUCUGACAUGUCCUAGCCCCGCCUGGGCGAGAGGCAUUGCCGUCUCAUCUGCCCAGUAAUUAUCCCAGGAUUCUGGGCUCCUUUGACUGGUGCUGAUAUUUUUUCCUCCAGGGAGUUUAAAGGGAAGAAAAAAAAUAGAAGAAGGAAAGUAGGGCAUGCAGUGUUGGAGGAGGAGGCAGGGAUGAGGUGUGUUAAUACCCAACUGAGGAGUUUGCGAGGGGGAGGGGGAGGGGAGGGAGUGUUUAGGAGGCUGCGUCAGCUACUGGCUGUACAGAGUCUGAACGAAUCUAGAUAAGGUCACUCCAGGUCUCAAAAGUGAAAUCUGGCCUCCCCUCCCGUGGGGGCCUAAUUCCAUUCUGGGUUGCCCCAUUCCUCGGCUCCCUCUCUGCUUUCUGCUGAGUCAUGCUCCUGGGUCCUCUCACUUGCUCCCUAUUCUCGGCUUUAUUUUCGCUCCUCCCUCACCCAGCCGCCUCUCCCAGGAUGUGAAGAUUAGGGUGAGGAGGGCAUCUUGGCAAGUGAGGAGGUGCCGUCCGGACGGAGGCGGUUCCUGAGGGAGCACGCGGCCCCCUUCUCUGCCUUCCUCACCGACAGCUUCGGCCGGCGCCACAGCUACCUGCGGAUCUCCCUCACCGAGAAGUGCAACCUCAGAUGUCAAUACUGCAUGCCCGAGGAGGGUGUCCCUCUGACCCCCAAGGCAGACCUGCUGACCACAGAGGAGCUCCUAACCCUGGCCCGCCUCUUUGUGAAAGAAGGUGUAGACAAGAUCCGACUCACGGGCGGGGAGCCGCUCAUUCGGCCGGACGUGGUGGACAUCGUGGCACAGCUCCACCAGCUGGAAGGGCUGAGGACCAUUGGCAUCACCACCAACGGCAUCAACCUAGCCCGGCUGCUGCCGCAGCUUCAGGAAGCUGGCCUCAGUACCAUCAACAUCAGCCUGGACACGCUGGUACCAGCCAAGUUUGAGUUCAUCGUCCGCAGGAAAGGUUUCCACAAGGUCAUGGAGGGCAUCCACAAGGCCAUUGAGCUGGGCUACAGUCCUGUGAAGGUGAACUGUGUGGUGAUGCGAGGCCUGAAUGAGGAUGAACUCCUGGACUUCGUGGCCUUGACCGAGGGCCUUCCCCUGGACGUGCGCUUCAUAGAGUACAUGCCCUUCGACGGCAACAAGUGGAACUUCAAGAAGAUGGUCAGCUACAAGGAGAUGCUGGACACCCUCAGGCAGCAGUGGCCGGAGCUGGAGAAGCUGCCGGAGGAGGAAUCCAGCACAGCCAAGGCCUUUAAAAUCCCUGGCUUCCGAGGCCGAGUCAGCUUCAUCACGUCCAUGUCUGAGCAUUUCUGUGGGACGUGCAACCGCUUGCGAAUCACAGCUGACGGGAACCUCAAGGUCUGCCUCUUUGGGAACUCAGAGGUAUCUCUACGGGAUCACCUGCGGGCGGGGGCCUCUGAGGAGGAGCUGCGGCGCAUCAUUGGGGCUGCCGUGGGCAGGAAGAAGCGGCAGCAUGCAGGCAUGUUCAGUAUUUCCCAGAUGAAGAACCGGCCCAUGAUCCUCAUCGAGUUAUUUUUGAUGUGCCAAGAUUCCCCACCAGCCAUUCCAAGCAUCUCCUUCAGGGACUCCCUCCAUGUUCAGGGUCUGAGACACAGAGUGAGUUUCUCCAGCCAGAUGGUGACUUCGUGGAAAGGGGGCUGGCUCCCCCAGAUCCCUCUCCUCGCCCAGCGGUGGCUGGCAUCUGGUCUCCCUCAGAGACAUUACGGUUCCCACCUCGACUCAGAUGCCAACCCAAAGUGCCUUAGCCCAGAGCCCCGGGCUCCUGCCACCCCGUCAGGACCUCUGCCCACCUCAGACCAACUGACCCACGUGGACGGGGAAGGACAGGUGGCCAUGGUAGACGUGGGUGGGAAGCCAGACACAGAGCGGGUGGCCGUGGCCUCAGCCGUGGUCCUCCUGGGGCCUGUGGCCUACAAGCUCGUCCAGGAGAACCAGCUAAAGAAGGGAGACGCCCUGGUGGUGGCCCAGCUGGCAGGCGUCCAGGCGGCCAAGCUGACCAGCCAGCUGAUCCCCCUGUGCCACCACGUGGCCCUGAGCCACGUCCAGGUGCAGCUGGAGCUGGACAGCACGCGCCACGCCGUGGUGGUCCGGGCGUCUUGCCGGGCUCGGGGCCCCACUGGGGUGGAGAUGGAGGCCCUGACCUCCGCUGCCGUGGCCGCCCUCGCCCUGUAUGACAUGUGCAAGGCUGUCAGCAGGGACAUCGUGUUGGCGGAGAUCAAGCUCGUCAGCAAGACCGGGGGUCAGCGGGGGGACUUCCAUCGGACGUAGAGCUCCUGCCCCCUCUCACCCCUGGCCCAGCGAGGUCAAGAGAUGGGAUGCGAUUUCAGCCAAGGGAAAGAUGUCAAGUUCCUUUCACCCCGCCACCAGUUACCUUCAACCGGUAGGAACCCCAGGUCAGCCCACCCCUCUACUGCUCGAUGACCUACACUGACCUGCGAGGUUUCCUUUCUCCCGAGAGGAAACCAGCAGGCCCGUCAGCCUUCCUGGACCCUAACUAAGGUCGUGGGAGGGGGCUGGCCGCAGCAAGCAAGGCUAGAUAACCCCCAAAUCACACUGAGUGACUUGUGGACUCUCUCCGACAGUUGAGCCCAUAACCUCCCCUUCUCUCUUGGGUUUUCUCUUCUCCUUGCUUCCCCGGGAGGGAGCCAAGGGCUCCCAAGCAGGGGCCUCGUGGGCCACAGCCCUGAGGCCUCCUGACCAAGCACACCUCCCACACCUGCCCCGCGCACGGCCUUUCCACCUGCACCCCUUCGUCCUGGGACACACCAGGGGAGGAGGAGCGAUGGAGCUUGCCUUCACCCACACGGUGCACCAAAUAAAGCCACGAUGCCCAUUUUGGGGA